GCUGAGACACUUUGAUUUCAAAGUUGUUUAAGCGAGAAGUGAAAUACAUUGAAAGGAAAUAAAAUUCUCAGUGCCUUGACUAUUUAUCACUUCAUAAAAUUUUAAAGGUCAAAAAAGAGAAUAAAUAUAGUGAAAAAUAUAUAAGAUCCAUCUGAGCCAUGUGUCCUUCAGGGUGUUAAAACAAAUAUUGCUAGCGAAAAUUUAAAAUUAAAAUUUUUAAUUCCUGCUAAGCAGUAGAUAUCAAAGAAAAGUGCGUGUGAAAUAGUGAGGUACAACUAAAUAAAGUGUUCACAAAAUCAGUGAGAAACUAAGCACAGAUAUUGAAUAAAAAUUACGAAUUUUUAGAAUGAAGCAAAAAUAAACAAUUAAAAACCCAAAACUAAAAAAAGAAUUAGACACCUAUCUUAUGGAAAACUAACUUAAUUACAAUCCUCCAAAAGGAAAUUAAAAUUAACAAAAAAUUGGAUUAAUAAUUUAAAAAUGUAUCUAAGAAAGUCUCUACCUAUAACGGUGUUAUUCACCAUACUAUGCCGCGUCUGCAACGCAACAGCGGAAAUCGCAGAUGCCAAUAGUGAUCAAUAUCAAUUAAUGCAACGUUCAUCAAUCCUCUUCGGCUUGACCGUAAUUAGCCGCCCGGAUAUGGUGAGCCACAACUGUUAUGCUCAACUGCAGGAGUUACAAAAAGCCAUGCUAAGGCAACAGCCGUGGGCUAUGAAAAUGUACGAUGCAUCGGGCACUAAAGCCCCAGGCUUUAUUAUGGGCAACGGACUAUGGCUGGGCAGUCGUGACACCUGCAAUGCAGUUCGGCAGCCAGUCAAUUUGAAAACAUCCAAACAUAUACCGCACAAAAUGAAUCCGAAAAUCAUCACCGACACCGCACCAUUUCCCACAGACUUUCGCGUUGUCUACCUGUGGCACAACUCCACUUGGCAAAUGGAUCCGAUAUUUCCAUACUAUGAGCCACGCAUCAAUGUUGGCCUCUGUUUACCGAGCGCUUGUACAUUACCCGAAAUAGGCCAGAUGAUGGCCAUUUAUGUGGAGGAUGACUUAUUUGUUUCGAAUGAUAUUUACAAUAUGCGCUUGCGCGUUGAAAGCGUUAAGGAUUUGACAUUGCGUACGGGCUUCUUUGCGCGCCCCUCUUCGGCGAUAUUCUUUUCAGCUUGGUUUGUGACGAUUGUGCUGACAUUCGUUGCGUUGGCACGACGCAUGAAACGCAGCAGCGAAGCUGUGGAGGUGGCCGCAAGCGAUGCUAAGUCGCAACAAGAAGCGCAUGCUAAAUUGGCUGGCAAUGGCUAUGUGGAUUGUUUUGAUGUGCAAAACAAUUGGGCGUUGCUUUUCCCAAAGGAUGCGGAUGCAGAUGCGGCGACAGGUGGUAAUGCAGCCUUUCCUGCUGUGAAUGGUUUGCGUUUCUAUGGCGCCAUGGGCGUUAUUUUAUUCCAUUUGCUAUGCAUAACAUACUUGGGUUCGGGCAAUAAGUCGCAGCAUUACAAGUUUACGGGAAAUUUGGGGAAUUUCGAUAUUUUCGUUGAUUUGUUCUUUACAAUGAGUGGCUUUUUACAAACAUAUCACUUCUUUCGAAAUACCAAAACCAUUGAAACCAUUCGCAGGAGCAAUUUGGUGCAAAAUUCAAAAAUGGUGUUCUUAUACUUGGUUCAUCGGCUGAUUAGAUUAGGCCCACUGUACUUACUUGUUAUCUGCCUGGCCGACGCCGGAUCUCUGCUGGUGGAUGAUUUAUCGGUUUUCCAUUUUAGUCAUCGUUUAUAUGAGAAAUGUGAAAUGUAUUGGUGGCGCAAUGCGUUUUUCAUACAAAACCUUUUCAACCACGAAGAUAUGUGUAUGUUCUGGUCAUGGUCCUCAGCGUGUGAUAUGCAAUUCUAUAUAUUCAGCAUAAUUUUGCUCUUCGUUUAUGUGAAAAAUCCAAAAACCGCAAAAAUUCUCACAGCCAUCAUCGCUGCGGCAAACUUGGCUUACACCGCCUACACCGGCAUAACUAUGAAUUAUGAGUAUUCCUUCGAAACCACUUCGGCACUCUUUACCGAAAUGUACAUUAAUCCGCUCUCACGCGUAUUGGCAUAUAUAAUUGGCGGCAUUGCUGGCUGGUAUUUCGUGCAAAACGAACAGAAGCAAUUAUAUGCGGGUUUCUUUCAGCAUCAAUCCUUGCAGGAAUUCCUCGGCUAUUUGGCGAUUGUUUGUUUUUUCACUUGCAAUUUCGCCAAAAUUAGUACGGGCCAUUCGGUGCUCUUCUAUGUUUCAUAUUUGAUAGUGCAACGUUUCGUAUUUGCUUCGAGUGUUUGUUGUCUGAUAUUUGCCAAUGCAGCGGGUAGCGUGAAGUGGUUCUUCAGUGUCUUGGAAAAUCCGGUUUUCAAGAAGUUCAAUCAAAUUACUUAUGCCAUGUUUUUGCUAAAUCCUCUGCCUGUCGUGCUGGUGAUGGGCAUGAGUAAUGAAAGUCUAUAUUCGAGUAUAUUUACGAUGCUCGUGGAGUAUAUUGGCUAUUGCGCAGUUCUUUAUUUCUUCUGCACAAUUUUCACUUUAUUCUUUGAAGUGCCUUAUAAGAAUAUUUCGAAAAUGAUGAUGCAGCGCACCAAAGCGAAGACGAGUUAAAUUAAAUCUAUACUAAUUGAAGCUGUGAUGGAUUAAGAUUUAAGUGUAACUGAAUUUACUGUAACAUUAAAUAGUUUUGUAUAUGUAAAAAGAUUAACAAUUAUAUGAAUAAGAAAUCAUAGAGUAAGAAAAAAGAAAAUAAAAAAUUAAGUGGCAUAAUUGGAAGCUUAAUGAAAGUAUAAAUAAAUUAAUAAACUAAAACGAAAUAUAAAUUCCAAUUGAUAAUUUUGCGACUUGCUGAAGUGAAAUUGUCAUUUCGAUGAAAUUCUUAUGAAAUUUAAUGAAGAAUUAAAAGCAAGUAAAACAAAUGGAUUAAGAAUAUAUACGGAAAUAGAAUCACUAUAAGCAACUCUGAUAACUAAAGCUCAAGUUGAUUUUUAGCUACGAAAAAACUCAGAAAUUAUAUUUUCAUUAUUUUAUUAUUUUUAUGAUUUUAUUUAAAAAAAAAA